AUGAAGUUCCACACAUUAGUGCUAAUUGCGGCGUCUAUUUCUGUUGCACUUGCUGAAGUUACAUCUCUUGGGCAAUGUCAUUUCCAUGGUUUAUCACAGUUCUGUAUCGAUAAUGAAGGAGAAGAGGGAACAAUUUCUCCAGCUCCUACGAACACUGAAAAUGCUCCUCUUAGCUAUACUGGUUGUCAUAGCCAUGGCUCAGAUAUAUACUGUCUACACGGAAGCUCAGAAGUAAUGUUCUUGUUGGAAUCUGAAGCAGACACACAUCAAAGUAGCUCGGCAGGAAGAAAAUGUCACUUCCAUGCUGGAGUUGAACACUGCGACGGAGGAAGUGAGGCAGAAGUAGAACCUACUUGUGAGAGAUACGACCGUGAUUACAACAUACCACUUAGAAUUGGGCUCCUUUUUGCAAUAUUAGUUUCAAGUAUCAUUGCAGCCUUUGGUCCCUUGUUCUUGAAGAACUUGUUUAAGCUAUCCUUGGAAGGUUAUAUUGCCACUGUUAUAAAGCAAUUUGGUACCGGUGUUAUAAUUUCUACCGCGUUUGUUCAUUUGCUUACACAUGCCGCUCUUAUGUGGGGUAACUCGUGUAUUAAGCUUAAAUAUGAAGCCACCGGCAAUGCCAUUUCGAUGGCCGGAAUUUUCCUCGCAUUUCUUGUUGAAUUCAUUGCCAGUAGAGUUCUUAGAGGAAGAUCAAAAAUGAUAGAGAGCUCCACUAGAGUUCAAAAAGGAAAUGACGAUGAGAAGAAUCUGGCUACCAGUUCUGAUGAAAUUAGACCACAGCCCGUUGUUGGCUAUGACCAUUGUCAUGGUGUUUCACCACAGGACAAGUUUUCUGUCUAUAUAAUGGAAGCUGGGAUUAUUUUUCACUCCGUUCUUAUUGGUGUCACUUUGGUUGUUGCUGGAGAUUCUUACUUCAUUACUUUAUUUAUAGUUAUCUUAUUUCAUCAAGUCUUUGAGGGAUUGGCUUUGGGUGCAAGAAUUGCUGAAAUCGAUAAUGCCAAUAUAGUCACUAAAAUGAUAAUGGCAGGACUCUUCGCAGUAAUCACUCCUGUUGGCAUGGCCAUUGGUAUUGGUGUAUUGAACAAGUUCAACGGUAACGACCCUAGCACUAUCAUAGCUUUAGGAACUUUGGAUUCUUUUUCUGCUGGUGUGCUUAUUUGGACUGGCAUUCUUGAAAUGUGGGCCCAUGAUUGGAUCUUUGGUCAUUUAGCCAGAGCUCCAUUGUUGAAGACCGGAGUUGCCUUGAUCUCCCUCGUUGCCGGAAUGAUACUUAUGAGUUUUCUCGGUAAAUGGGCUUAA